UUUUCUCUCUCUAUAUUUCUCCGGCGAAACAAUGCCACCGUCUACCGCCACCCAAACCCCAAAUGCCGACGUCUCUCCGCCGCCAGAUCCCGCCGUCAUCUCCUCUAACUGCUUCCCCGUUACUCUCCAGUUCAUAGAGGUAUGUUACAAAAUAAAGCUAGAGAAAACCAAGAGCAACAUCGGACGGCUAUUAUCAUCCUCCUCAUCAUCCGAUCCAACGGCGGCGAGCAAUAUUGGAGAAAGGACAAUCUUAAAUGGAAUCACCGGAAUGGUAUCGCCAGGACAAAUCCUGGCCAUACUGGGUCCAUCUGGAAGUGGUAAGUCAACACUCUUAACCGCUCUAGCAGGUAGACUACAGGGAGUCAACGAUGAAUACUCCCUCACCGGAUCAAUCCUCAUAAACGGCCAAAAACCGUCUAAACAGAUUCUCCGUCGUACCGGAUUCGUUUCACAAGACGACAUACUUUUCCCACAUCUAACCGUCCGUGAAACUCUGUUAUUCUGUUCACUCCUCCGUCUUCCGAAGCAUCUAGACGAGAGGGAAAAAAUCGAAGCGGCGGAAAAUGUUAUAACGGAGUUAGGGCUUUCGAAAUGCGAGAACACGAUAAUUGGGAACGCGUUCGUGAGGGGAAUUUCUGGAGGAGAGAGGAAACGAGUUAGUAUUGCGCAGGAAAUGAUGGUGAAUCCGAGUUUGUUAAUACUUGAUGAGCCUACGUCGGGACUUGAUGCGACGGCGGCGUAUAGGCUUGUUGAUUCGUUAGAAACCGCGGCGAAGGCGAAAGGGAGAUCGGUUGUAAUGUCGGUGCAUCAGCCGUCGAGUAGGGUUUAUCAGAUGUUUGAAUCUGUGCUCGUGCUUUCGGAAGGGAGGUGUAUUUAUUUUGGAAAAGGAAGCGAAGCGAUGCCGUAUUUUGAUUCUUUGGGAUUUUCGCCGUCAUUUCCCAUGAAUCCUGCAGAUUUUCUGCUUGAUCUCGCAAACGAUGUGUGGCUUCUCGAUGGUGCUGCUAAUGGAACCGAAAGAGAUAAACAGCUUGUUAAUGCCAAGCAUACACUUGUCUCCAAAUACAACACUCUACUAGGUCCUAAAGUUAAAGCGGCAUGCAUAACAACAACAACGAUGACACAAAUAUGUGAAAACCGUCGUGUCUCAAAAAGAACUUGCGAAAAGAACUUUCUAGAUGGAAUCCACACGUGGUGUAAUCAAUUCAACAUCCUCCUAAGACGUAGCCUAAAAGAACGAAAAUAUGAAGCCUUCAACUCCUUAAGAGUCUUCCAAGUCCUGGCAGCCUCUAUCCUAGCCGGUUCAAUGUGGUGGCAUUCAAACUCGAAAGACAUUCAAGACCGGUUAGGUCUCCUAUUCUUCAUUUCAAUCUUUUGGGGAGUCCUCCCAUCGUUCAACGCUGUAUUCGCUUUCCCACAAGAACGAGCCAUCUUCAUGAAAGAACGAGCAUCGGGAAUGUACACGCUGUCACCUUACUUCAUGGCUCGAAUCGUGGGCGACUUACCGAUGGAGCUAAUUCUCCCGACGAUAUUCAUUUCCAUAACUUAUUGGAUGGCAGGAUUGAAGCAGGAUUUCGUGGCUUUCGUGUUGACAUGGAUGGUUCUGAUUGGUUACGUGCUCGUUUCUCAGGGAUUGGGACUUGCUCUAGGGGCGUUGAUUAUGGACGCCAAACAAGCGUCGACUGUUGUGACGGUUAUAAUGCUGGCGUUUGUAUUGACGGGUGGUUUCUACGUUCAUAAGGUGCAUGUUUGUUUGGCUUGGAUGAAGUACAUUUCGACGACGUUUUAUUGUUACAGGCUGCUUAUUAACGUGCAGUAUGAAGAGGGAAGGGGGAUAUCGUCGUUGCUGGCUUGUACGCAUUAUGGAACCGAAAUGGCGAGUUGUAAGUUUAUUGAGGAAGAUGUGAGGGGACAGAUUUCGCCAUCGGUUAGUGUUAUGGCUCUUCUCGUUAUGUUUUUCGGUUAUAGGAUGCUGGCGUAUAUUGCGUUGAGGCGAAUUAAAGCUUAAGGAAGAAGUUUAGAAGUUUGAGAAAUGAUAUUGGUUUGGUUGUUGCAUGUGGUCUAAAAGGAAGAAGGGGAUGAUGGGAUGAUUAGAGAAGACUAACGACACUGGUGUUUGGUUUAUAACUCAAGUAAGAUAUAAUAUGAUCCAAAUGUUGUAUUUGUUUGGUCUUAUGUAAGUGUAAAUCAACAAUGUUUAUGUGUUUUAUUCUCAUUGAAUCUAUUUUGAUUCAUAAAUGAGAUUAAUUGGCAUGACUUAAUUACUAAGGAAAAAUCUUCAAUAAUUGAAUUAGUAAUAUUGUUGUU